AUGGUCCCCACAGAAGUCACAAGCCUGAUCCCUAAUAUGGCAGAUGACUAUAGCUAUGACACCACGUCUUCCAUGGAAGAUUACGGGAACUUCAACAUCACUGACUUAUUCUGUAAGAAAAACCACGUCAGGCAGUUCGCAAGCUACUUCCUUCCACCCUUCUACUGGCUCGUGUUCAUCGUGGGGUCCUUGGGCAACAGUCUGGUCAUCCUUGUCUACUGGUACUGCACGAGGGUGAAGACCAUGACUGACAUGUUCCUUCUGAAUUUGGCAAUCGCUGACCUUCUCUUUCUUGUCACCCUUCCCUUCUGGGCCAUUGCCGCCGCUGACCAGUGGAAAUUCCAGACCUUCAUGUGCAGACUGGUCAACAGCAUGUACAAGAUGAACUUCUACAGUUGUGUGCUGCUGAUCACGUGCAUCAGCGUGGACAGGUACAUCGCCAUUGCUCAGGCCACGAGAGCGCAGAUGUGGAGGCAGAAAAGGCUUCUGUACAGCAAAAUGGUCUGCUUUACUGUCUGGGUGAUGGCAGCCGCGCUCUGUGUCCCGGAACUCCUGUACAGCCAAGUCAAGAAGGAGUAUGGGAUUGCUAUCUGCACCAUGGUUUACCCCAGUGAUGAGAGUACCAAACUGAAGUCAGCUGUGUUGACUCUGAAAGUCAUCCUGGGGUUCUUCCUCCCUUUUGUGGUCAUGGCUUGCUGCUAUACCAUCAUCAUUCACACCCUGAAACAAGCCAAGAAGUCAUCCAAGCACAAGGCCCUGAAGGUGACCAUCACUGUGCUCACUGUCUUCGUCCUAUCCCAGUUCCCCCAUAACUGCGUUCUGCUGGUGCAGACCAUCGAUGCCUACAGCACGUUCAUCUCCAGCUGUGCUGUCUCCACCAACAUUGACAUCAGCUUCCAGGUCACUCAAACCAUCGCCUUUCUCCACAGUUGCCUGAACCCUGUUCUCUACGUUUUUGUGGGUGAGAGGUUCCGCCGGGAUCUUGUGAAGACCCUAAAGAACUUGGGUUGCAUCAGCCAGGCUCAGUGGGUUUCAUUUACAAGGAGAGAAGGAAGCCUGAAGCUGUCAUCUAUGUUGCUGGAGACAACCUCGGGAGCUCUUUCCCUCUGA